ACAACCGUUAGACCCAACCCAUCCCAUCCCCUUAAUCCACCCUUCUCGCCUCUCCGUGCGCCUUCUUUAGCUCAUAAUCCCAUAAACUUCGUAGUGCCACGGCACGAAGUGAAGGGAGGAGAGAAAGAACGAGAGAAAGCAAGGUGAAAUGGAUACAGGGGAGAAAAACAGGGUGGGGAGCAUAAGGAUGGGUAGCAUCAGGACGGGGAGUGCAUCCAUCUGGACGAGAGGAGACGAUGUCUUCUCGAGAUCUUCGCGCGAGGAGGAUGACGAGGAGGCCCUGAAAUGGGCUUCCCUGGAGAAGCUGCCGACCUAUAACCGACUGCGGAAGGGCAUACUUACCAUAACUGAAGGACAGCCCAGGGAAGUUGAUAUAGAGAACCUCAGCUAUCAAGAGAGGAAGAACUUGAUCGAAAGACUCGUCCGGGUUGCCGAAGAGGACAAUGAGAAGUUCUUGUUAAAGCUCAGGAACCGCAUCGAUCAAGUUGGAAUUGAUCUUCCCACAAUUGAAGUGCGGUACGAGCACCUGAACGUCGAAGCAAGAGCUUAUGUGGGCAACAGAGGUUUGCCUUCAUUCAUCAACGCUACUGUCAACGUCCUGGAGGGCUUGGCCAAUCUCCUGCAUAUAGUACCGAGUAGGAAGAGACCAUUAGAGAUCCUUCAUGAUGUUAGUGGAAUCAUUAAGCCCCGCAGGAUGACUUUGCUCCUGGGUCCACCAGGGUCGGGAAAGACAACUUUGUUGUUGGCGUUGGCCGGAAAGCUCGAAUCAGAUCUAAAGGCUUCGGGAACAGUCACUUACAAUGGUCAUGGGAUGGAUGAUUUCGUGCCUCAGAGAACAGCUGCAUAUAUCAGUCAACACGAUCUCCACAUCGGGCAGAUGACAGUGCGUGAAACCUUAUCUUUCUCUGCAAGAUGUCAAGGAGUAGGGACUCGUUACGAUAUGUUGGCUGAGCUAGCAAGAAGGGAGAAGCAAGCAAACAUCAAGCCAGAUCCUGAUAUCGAUGUCUUCAUGAAGGCAGCUGCAAUGGGAAACCAAGAGACCAAUGUGGUCACAGACUAUAUACUGAAGAUUUUAGGAUUAGAAGUGUGUGCUGAUACCAUGGUAGGAGAUGAAAUGCUGAGAGGCAUUUCAGGAGGACAAAGGAAGCGUGUCACGACAGGAGAGAUGAUCGUCGGACCAGCAAGAGCUCUAUUCAUGGAUGAGAUAUCCACAGGUCUGGACAGUUCCACAACUUUCCAGAUCGUGAACUCGUUCAGGCAAUCCAUUCACAUUCUUGCCGGAACAGCCGUCAUUUCUCUGCUCCAGCCAGCACCGGAGACCUACGACCUCUUCGAUGACAUAAUACUUCUUUCAGAUGGCCAUGUUGUGUACCAAGGUCCCCGCGAGCAUGUGCUUGAGUUCUUUGAGUCCAUGGGUUUCAGAUGCCCUGAGAGGAAAGGUGUUGCAGACUUCUUGCAGGAAGUGACAUCAAGGAAAGAUCAGCAGCAGUAUUGGAUGCGUCAUGACGAACCUUACAGGUUUGUGCCGGUCAGAGAAUUUGCAGAGGCAUUCCAGUCGUUCCAUGUUGGACAGAAAUUAGGACAUGAACUCUCCGUCCCGUUCGACAAGAGCAGUAGCCACCCUGCUGCUCUUGCAAGUUCAAAAUAUGGUGCUAGCAGCAAGGAACUAUUGAAAGCUAACAUCUGGAGAGAGUUGUUGCUGAUGAAGCGUAACUCGUUUGUCUAUGGCUUCAGGGCAUUCCAGCUCAUGUUCAUGGCUACGAUCUCGAUGACGCUCUUCCUGCGAACCAACAUGCACCGCGAUAACACCAGUGAUGGAGGGCUUUAUCUGGGUGCCCUUUUCUUCUCGAUGAUCAUGAUUAUGUUCAAUGGAUUCUCUGAACUUGCGUUGGCCAUUGCAAAGCUGCCCGUUUUCUUCAAGCAAAGGGACUACCUCUUUUAUCCAGCAUGGACUUAUGCCUUGCCCUCAUGGAUUAUCAAGAUACCCAUAACAUUUGUGGAAGUUGGUGUCUGGGUGUUCCUGACUUACUACGUGAUAGGAUUUGAUCCAAAUGUCGGAAGGCUAUUUAAGCAGUAUAUGCUUCUCCUACUUGUCAAUCAGAUGGCCUCCGGGUUAUUCCGUUUCAUCGCUGCACUAGGUAGAAACAUGAUCAUCGCAAAUACUUUUGGAUCGUUUUCACUGCUCGUGCUUGUAGUGUUGGGUGGAUUCAUUUUGUCACGCGAGGAUGUGAAAAAGUGGUGGAUAUGGGGUUACUGGAUCUCACCCAUGAUGUACUCACAGAAUGCACUUGCAACAAAUGAAUUUCUUGGACACAGUUGGAGCCGUAUUCUUCCAAAUCAUACUGAACCACUAGGAGUGGAAGUCUUGAAGUCCCGUGGAUUUUUUCAUGAGGCAAAAUGGUACUGGAUUGGUGUGGGUGCAUUGGUUGGAUAUACGAUCCUUUUCAAUUUCCUUUUCACCGUGGCUCUCACAUAUAUCAAACCAUUCGGGAAAGCUCAACCAGCUGUAUCUGAAGAGGCAUUGAAUGAAAAAUACUCAAAUAUAACAGGAGAAAUGAAGUCAUCAUCACCUGCGGAAAGGAGCGCUAGCAGAGAUUCCACAUCCAAAAGUAAAUCAAUUAUAACAUUACUAGUUUGCUCAUCAAUUUCUGCCAGUUCCUUUUUGAUGUCUUUCAUCUUAAUUUACAUGUUCCGAUGUGCAGAAACUGCUAAUGGAAGUAGGAAUAUUGAGGCUUCAUCAAGCAUGACAGAUGGUGUUGCUAAUCCUAAUCAGAAAAAGAAAGGAAUGGUCCUCCCGUUCACACCCCUUUGCAUCACAUUUGACGAUAUAAGAUACUCGGUGGACAUGCCACAGGAAAUGAAAGCACAAGGUGUUGAGGGAGACCGACUGGAGCUCCUGAAAGGAGUGAGUGGAUCUUUCAGGCCAGGCGUGCUUACAGCUCUAAUGGGUGUAAGUGGAGCGGGCAAGACUACACUCAUGGAUGUAUUGGCUGGAAGGAAAACAGGUGGAUAUAUAGAUGGAAGCAUUACCAUAUCUGGCUACCCCAAGAAUCAAGAAACGUUUGCUCGUAUAUCAGGAUAUUGUGAACAGAAUGAUAUCCACUCUCCUCAUGUAACAGUUUACGAAUCCCUUGUUUACUCUGCAUGGCUUCGCUUACCUGCAGAAGUAGAUUCUGCAACAAGAAAGAUGUUCGUCGAAGAGGUCAUGGAACUUGUAGAGCUAACAUCAUUAAGGGAAGCAUUGGUAGGACUGCCUGGUGUGAGUGGGUUAUCAACGGAGCAGCGCAAAAGACUCACAAUUGCAGUAGAGCUUGUUGCUAACCCCUCCAUAAUAUUCAUGGACGAGCCUACCUCUGGACUAGAUGCAAGGGCAGCCGCUAUUGUGAUGAGGACGGUGAGAAACACUGUGGACACUGGGAGAACUGUAGUAUGCACUAUUCAUCAGCCUAGCAUCGACAUAUUUGAAGCUUUUGAUGAGCUGUUUCUAUUGAAGCGAGGAGGAGAGGAGAUAUAUGUAGGCCCACUGGGGCGACAUUCUUGUCAUCUGAUUGAUUACUUUGAGCAAAUCGAAGGAGUGAGCAAGAUAAAAGAUGGUUAUAAUCCUGCAACAUGGAUGCUGGAAGUAACAACACAAGCACAAGAACAGAUAUUGGGGGUUGAUUUCAGCGAGGUGUACAAGAAUUCAGAACUGUAUCGGAGAAACAAAGCUUUGAUUAAGGAAUUGAGCAUGCCUCCUCCUGGCUCCAGCGAUCUUCACUUCCCAACUCAGUACGCUCAACCAUUCCUCACACAAUGCUUGGCAUGCCUGUGGAAACAACGGUUGUCGUAUUGGAGGAAUCCUCCAUAUACUGCCGUCAGGUUUUUCUUCACAACAGCAAUAGCCGUGAUGUUUGGGACCAUAUUCUGGGAUCUUGGUACUAAAACGAGUAAUGAACAGGAUUUGUUUAAUGCAAUGGGUUCCAUGUACGCUGCUGUUUUGUUUAUUGGUGUUUCAAACGGUACAUCCGUCCAGCCUGUUGUGUCUAUUGAACGAACCGUCUUUUAUAGAGAGAGGGCGGCAGGAAUGUAUUCAGCUUUGCCAUAUGCAUUUGGACAGGUGUUAAUCGAGCUUCCCUACGUCUUGGUUCAGGCUUUGGUGUAUGGGGUUAUAGUGUAUGCAAUGAUUGCAUUCGAAUGGACGGCUGCCAAGUUCUUUUGGUACAUAUUCUUUAUGUACUUCACCCUGCUAUACUUCACAUUUUAUGGAAUGAUGACGGUGGGCAUGACUCCCAAUAUCAACAUUGCCGCCAUCAUAUCCGCUGGUUUUGUUGGACUGUGGAAUCUUUUCUCUGGAUUUAUUAUCCCACGGCCGAGUAUGCCUGUGUGGUGGAGGUGGUAUUUCUGGGCAAGCCCCGUUGCAUGGACCUUGUACGGAUUGGUCACUUCACAGUUCGGGGAUGUCGAGGAUCGAUUCCAUACUGGUCAAACCGUGUCUGAAUAUGUGAGGACGCAUUUUGGAUUCAGACACGACUUCUUGGGAGUGGUUGCAGUGGUUGUCCCUGGAUUUGCCGUGCUCUUUGCUUUCCUUUUUGGGUUAACGAUAAAGAUACUAAAUUUCCAGAAAAGGUAAACAAGUAUUUACUUGGUAGAUUGAAUUGUUUUGAAGGUGACGACGUCAAAUGUAAGUACAAGGAUACAUAAUGCUUUGUGAAAUAUCAAAAGAAGAAUCUGUCAUUGUACAAGUGGCGAUCAGUGUAGGGCUUAAAACUAGCUGCAUGCAGCUUUUUUUUAACUCUUUUUUUUUAUUUUAUUUUAUUUUUUGAUAUUUUUUGUAUCCUUUGAGUUAUAC